AUGUUUGCUGCUUUAAAGUAUCACUCAACAGACUAUUUAUAUGAGAGCAUGGCAAGGCAGAAGUUUUCCAUCUGGAGAUUAUCAGUUUGCUUUCCUCCCUGUUUACGUCAAGAUGAAAAGUAUCAUCUCACUGGACUGUUUGCUGAUGAUAAGUAUAGGAAGCCAUGGACUAGAGUUAUUUCAACACAGAACAUGAUGACUGUGUCAGUAUUGGAUCAAUGGAAGAAAAGUUUAUCUGUGGAGGAUUUCCUGGAAAAGAAACCUAUCUCUUCCAUAGAGUUCCCUAUUAGUAAUGAGUUGAUGGAAGUUAUUCCAAGUUCAAAUCCCUGCUCUCAGACUGACAUAGAAGAAGCUUUUUUACUUAUGAGUAAUGUUUUUAAGCAAGAACCCCGACAAGAAAAAUAUUUGAAGGCUGUCUAUGCCACUGAAUUUACAGAACAAUGGCAAGAGUUAUGUAUGGAAGAGGAGCUUAUUUUUAUUGAUGAUCUUGAAACUUUUCGUAAAAAAUUACCUACUUCAUCUGUACUUCUGUGCAGACUUCAGUUUUUUGUAGUGAGAGAUCCUCUUUUAGAUUCUGAGGGACAUAAUUUAACAGAAGAGCACAUUUUCAGGGAAUGCUUGACUUUCCAAAAUGAAAUGGAGUCAGAAAAGAAUAAAAAAGAAUUGCAGGAAAUUAAAGAGAACUUCUGUACCAUAUCUGUAAAAGAUGAAGAGCAUUUCAUGUUGCCUGUUGAGUUAGAAUUCUAUGGAGUCAGCACUGGUAGAUCAGAUUCUGCUAAGAUUCCAUCAUACUUGGAACUGAAAGAGUUUUUUAAUUUAGCUCCAGAAACUAUGGCUGAUGAUGUCAUAUGCAAAAAGGUGAUCAAGGCAGAUCUCAAAGCAGAAAUUACAUACAAAAUAGAAACUUUGUACUGUCCCAUACCACAAGAGUGCUCAAAAAGUAUGCUUGAAUUCUGUGAAUCAGCUAAACAUGUUCCAUAUCUGAAAGACAUAUUGGAAGUACCUUUAACUCCACUAUGCAGAGAAGAAAGAUUGUGGGUUAAUUUUCUGUGUACAAGACUUCAAGAAGAACCUAUUUCACUUUCUGGCAACAGUAUUUUGAUUACAGAGCCCUCUAGAGAAUACUUAGAACAUUUGGUAUGGCAAUCAGAGAAGUAUCAGGAUAAUAUGAGCUCUCUUCUGCUUGUUGAGCAUCAGGCUGUUAAUCUUGUCUAUCAGUGUAAUUCACUUACAGAACUGAAGGAAAUGCUACCAGUUGAGGUAGAAGCACCAAUGCUUAGCUUGCUAGAGGAGAGCUGGUGGCUUCAUUUGGGUUUAAAUCCAACAUCCAUAGAAACUUUGGAGCAAUUAAAUAUAGAUGCCAGUAAUGCAAACCAUUUGCUUCCUAAAGAAGUAGAAACAUUCACACAAUUUACAUCACAUCAGUUAGAAAGGUGGCUUGAGGAGAAGAAUUCCUUGACAAAUCAGGAGCUCCUUUCUGCGGAGAGACAUCAGUCAGAUAAAGUAAUUAAUCUCAACAUGUCACUGCAGACUCAAAGGCAGUACUUUCCCCUGAAUGUGAGUGCUGAAUCAUCUGCCAAAACUCACAGCAAAAGUAUAUCUGUGGGAGAGCUUACUGGAGGAAAUGUAAAAAAGAAUGAGGUAGAAGACACAAGUUAUUUCUUAAACCAAGAAAAGAAAAACCCCAAAUCAUUGGAAUCCGUCAACUGUAAAGUGUUUUCUAAACCAGACAACUCAUCCAGUUUUCAAAACUUUGAAACAUUUGCACUUGCUAAGAAAUGGGACAAUGAUGAUUCUGAUCUAAGCAAUUUUAUAAUGCUGAGAUCUAAACAUACACUCAAUCAAAAUGAGGAAAAAAAGGCUAUAGCUAGUCCUGAAAAAGCACUGCAACCUGAAGAACAGCAUAUGCAUAUUCACAAAGAGGAAAGUUCUGUUUGUGAGACUGUAAGAGUAGAGGAAAAGGAGCAAGAGAAAGAAGACAGUGUCACAAUCAAUAUUGAACCAUCAGAGAGCCAAUGCCAAGCAUACUGUCUCUUGGAAGAAGUAGCCACUCCUGUUCUAAAAGUCUUGACACAUCUGGGUGUACUGUCUUCUGUAAAUUGGAGCUUUGACAGCAUUAAAUUUGAUCAUACAAGGUUUUUCUUAAAACAGCAAGAGAAAGUGAUAUGGGAUCGAUUCAAAGAAGGCAAAGUAGAUGAGACAGAAAUCAUGCUGUUCAGACAUGCUGCUCUGGUGCAUCUGCUGGUGACAAUUCGAGAUCUUCUAUUAACGUGUGGCUUGGACACAGCACUAGGUUAUUUGUCCAAGGCAAAGGAUAUCUAUAAAAACAUCUUAGAAUCCUGUUUAAACAACAUCUGGAGGCAACUGAAGAUUGUGCAGUACAGCAGCCAGAGAAACAAUGAAACAAAUCCCAAAAUAAUAGAGCUUCAAUGUCAAACGUUAAAUUGGAUGCGAAGUUAUGGAGAGAAACAAAGUGUUAAGAUGCUAGUCAUAACAAGGAUGGAUUCUGAGAAAGAAAAAGCUGCCUUCAUCCACUCUUUAUCUACAGUAGAAGGUUUAAAAGCCAUGGAUUUGAAUUCUGAGAAAAAAGGAACACUUUUAUGUUGCAGAGAUAUCAUAAGCAGCCUUAGUAGAUAUUCUUGUGCUGUUGUACAUAAUCAGCAAAUUGGAGCUGACUUCCCUUGGAUACACUUCUCAUUAGUAGUGGAAUAUGAUUAUUCUGAAAACUCCUGCUGGAAAAAUCUGUGCAAAAAUAUGAAUGUUACUUACAUGACUUUUAAAACCACUUUCCCUAGAACAAUACAAAUGGAGAAUCACUGUGAUUCCUUUCUUCUGGAAGUACGGAUUCCAUACGUAUUUCUGACAACUGAAGGUCUUCUUAAUAUGCCAGAUAUUCUUCAGCUUUUGGAAUCCAAGUACGGCAUUACCUUUGUUGAAAGAAGCAGCAGUUACUCCUUAAGGCUCUUUGGAAGAACAGAUCAAUGUGUUGUGUUGACAAUAGAUGAGUGCACUGCUAUCUUUUUGCAGAGUGUGGAAGAACUAAACUAUGAGAAUUCCUGUGACAACGUGAUAUCAAAGCUGAUGGCAUUAUCACUCCAAUACACGUGCUGCUGGAUUGUUUUAUAUUCCAGAGAAAAACAGAGCUUACAGUACAGUCUCGGUGGAGAUACCCUGCUUAACCUUGUCUUAAUUUAUGCUGCAAUAAUUGAACUUCCACAGAAGUCAGAAGACUUUGAAGUGAAGGUAGUUCUUACACCAGGAAUUGAAGAGAUGGCACUGAUAAUUCGUCAGAUUGCUGACAACAUUUUGAUGGCAUCUAGUACCAGUCCUCAUGAGUGGCUGGACAAAUCCUGGCUUUCUGUCCUGCCAUCUGAGACAGAGAAAUGCCUGCUUACUUUUCCAUGUAUCAACCCUCUGGUUGCUCAGUUCAUGUUAAAGAAGGCAUCUUCACUCAACAUGUUGUUUCUUGCAAGCUGUGAUCAACUUCAGGAACUUUUGCCAGAGGUUCCAAAAAAGGUUUUAAAGCACUUUAGUGACAUGACAUCUUCGUACAGGCUGAAUGCUGCUGCUGCACAAGAAGCAGCAGUGAAAGGUGCUUCACCCCUAGAAAACCAGAAUAUCUUCAAAAUAUUCUAUCCAGAUUAUAAUAAAAAUCAUCAGUCUUCGGAGCUGCUUAUGGUUCCAAUUAUUUAUCUACCAGGAACAUCUCACGUGGAUUCUGAAGCUAUAGUUCCUCUCCUGGAACGUCAUCAGGCUUCUUUUCACUCUGAUCUUCCAAGUUGUAUGCAAAAGAAAUCAUGUUCUUCAGAAAUAAUUACAAGGGGGAAGCAGAAUUUCUUUGCUGUGCCAAAAGACUGUGAAGAUUUUUCUGAUUUAGAUGUUCCAAACUCUCUUCAAAGACAGCCUUUCAGGACACAGUGUAAGUCUGAUCAUUCUUCCAUAACGUCUGAAAAGAAGGAUUCAUUUGCAACUUUCAGUGACUGUGCACCUCAGAAGAGCCCUAGGAGCUUUCUAGAAGAAUUUAAAGACACAUUAUUCAAGAUUCCAGAAAUUCUGAUUGACCAGACCCCAUGGAAUGAGUCUUUGUCCAUCAGCCCCUCAUUUGCAUCUCAUAGUUUCCUCUCUGUUUUUUUUGUUGACCCAGAUAAGCUUCCAAGUCUGAAUUUUCAUCAAAUAGGUAAAGACCAUAAAGGAAAGAGAAAACAAAGUCCACCAUUCCUAUGGAUGAGAGAAAACAAUGGAACAGAUUUGGGAUUUGCAGCAGUACCAGAGUUCAAAAAAAAGAAGCUGACAUAUGAAAGGGUCCCCGGAAGGAGAGAUGGACAGACACGUCUCAAAUUCUUUUGA